UGUAGAUAUCGAGCGUUUGAUGAGUUAGAAGGGAUUGAAGUGGCUUGGAAUCAGGUUAAGGUGGCGAACCUGUUGCGUAACUUCGAUGAUUUGGAGCGACUUUAUUCAGAGGUUCAUUUGCUCAAGACUUUGAAGCAUAAAAAUAUAAUUAAGUUUUACAAUUCAUGGGUUGACACCAAGAAUGAGAACAUCAACUUCAUUACUGAAAUUUUCACCUCAGGAACAUUGCGUCAAUACCGGAAGAAACAUAAGCAUGUUGAUUUGAGAGCUGUGAAGAAAUGGUCCAGGCAGAUUUUGGAAGGCCUUUUAUAUCUUCACAGUCACAAUCUGCUGGUUAUUCAUCGAGACCUUAAGUGUGAUAACAUUUUUGUUAAUGGUAAUCAAGGGGAGGUGAAAAUUGGUGAUUUAGGAUUGGAAGCUAUCCUUCAACAGGCCAAUUCAGCUCACAGUGUCAUAGGUACCCCUGAGUUCAUGGCCCCAGAACUUUAUGAAGAGGAAUACAAUGAGUUUGUUGACAUCUAUGCUUUUGGCAUGUGCUUGCUAGAGUUGGUAACCGUUGAGUACCCAUAUAUUGAAUGCACCAAUGCUGCUCAAAUAUACAAGAAAGUGACAUCUUUAAAAGAAUGGCUUCACAACUUAGGAAUAGUAGAUCAAACAGUAAUGGUACAAGAUGACGAAGAACCUGAUGAUGGAGCUGUGCCUUCACCAUGAAGACAGUGUUAAUAACAGCCAAAGCAGAUUACACCCAAGAUGGCACUGUUGAUUUCCGUGGCCAGCCUGUAGUUUCAUCUAAAACUGGCAAAUGGAAGGCUUGCGCUUUUCUUGUUGGCUAUGAAGCAUUUGAAAGGAUGGCCUUCUAUGGAGUGCCUUCGAACUUAGUGAAUUAACUUACAACCCAACCUCAUGAAGAUAUUGUUUCAUCAGUGAGGAAUGUGAAUAACUGGUCAGGAUCUGUGUGGAUAAUGCCAAUUCUUGGGGCUUACGUAGCAGAUUCUUAUUUGGGUCGAUUCUAGACUUUCACUCUCUCAUUCUCGUUUAUGUCUUGAUCAUGUUGACCAUGGAAACUUCAAGAAAAGGAAAGUAGAAAUCAUUGUUGGUGUGACCAUUGCUGGAUUAAUCAUCAC